AUGGCUUCUCGGAUUCCCCAGUUCAACCAGCAGGUCCUUUACGACACUACGCCCUUGCCGGACUCGAUCCCCAAGGUCAAGGAGCUCGGUGCCAGUUCUGCCCCGCUUAUCCGGUGCCGCGAAUACAACGAUGAUUUCAUGCAGUGCAAGAACGAGAACCCUGGAAAGGGCGAGUUUGAGUGUUUGAAGGAGGGCCGAAGGGUUACCCGAUGUGCCCGGAGCGUUAUCGCCGACAUCAACAAGUCAUGCCUGGAAGAGUUCCGCAAGCACUGGACAUGCCUUGAGGACAACAACCAGCAGCUCUGGCAAUGCCGUCCUGCCGAAUGGAAGUUGAACAAGUGUGUGUUCGAGAACUUGGGUCUCAAGAAGGAAAUCCCCGAUCAGCCUCCCAACGUCACACCCGUGCAUCUCAGGAAGCAGAUGAUCUAUGCCCAUUGGCCCAUCCCCCGUUCCGCCGAGGUCUUCGUCCCCCCAAGUGACAACAACAAGGCACCAUCCGCCGCUUCGUCAUCGUCGUAA